GCGCCGGAGCAGGUUUGACGGAAGGAGCGGUGGCGGCGGCGGCGACGGAGGAGGAGGAUGGAGGCGGUGGUGUUCGUCUUCUCUCUCCUCGACUGUUGCGCGCUCAUCUUCCUCUCGGUGUACUUCAUCAUUACACUGUCUGAUUUAGAAUGUGAUUACAUUAAUGCUAGAUCAUGUUGCUCAAAAUUAAACAAGUGGGUAAUUCCAGAAUUGAUUGGCCAUACCACUGUCACUGUAUUAAUGCUCGUUUCAUUGCACUGGUUCAUCUUCCUUCUCAACUUGCCUGUUGCCACUUGGAAUAUAUAUCGGUUCAUUAUGGUGCCAAGUGGGAACAUGGGAGUGUUUGAUCCGACAGAGAUACACAACCGGGGGCAGCUGAAGUCGCACAUGAAGGAAGCCAUGAUCAAGCUGGGCUUCCACCUGCUCUGUUUCUUCAUGUAUCUCUACAGUAUGAUUUUAGCUUUGAUAAAUGACUGAAGCCGGAGGAGCCACGGCCUGAGUCCACCUGCACGGCAGCACGCAGCCCGGGAGCCUGAGACGGCUGAGCCCAUCCUUAGAACCGGGACCAUAGCAGUAUACUUUUUCCUCUUUGAACAACAAAAAAAUAUUUUUGCUGUAUUUGUACCAUAUAAAGUAUUUAAAAAACACGAAUUGAGUUUUUGUAGAUUUCUGGUUCUCAACUUUAGCCCGAACCCCGACACGUGUUUCCCGUCGUCUGUGUGUUGAAGAUUGUUACCGGUACGUAGCAGCGGGAGCACCACGCCGGCCUCGCGAGCCAAGACACAAAAGACACAGAUCAGAGGGAAGGCCUACCAGAAGCUCUGCCGAGAAGGCAGAGGGUAGAGCAAGCAGCGCUGUUAACCUGGGCAGAGGAAGAGAGAAAUGACCCCUCUGUGGCAGCUUCUUAUAUUUAAUUCGGUGUCAAGAUUUAUGGGACUGUCAGCUAAAAGUCUUUUCACAAGAAUGUUAACAGG